GGGAGACUGUCCACGUCCUCAAUUAAAAUCAACCUAUUAGAAAUCAGUUUCCUGCCACGUCACAUUAAAACAACUCAACACAGCUUACAUACAGAUUAUUAUGUGGGCUAUCAAUACAUCUCGAAUUGGCCCAUAUAAAGCCCAUGUCGCCUAAACCUAUUUUCGCUGGAAGGUUGAUUUUUGAUCACCUACGACUCUUCCAUUUCGUUGUCACCGUUUCACCGUUUCAGUUUUCUGUAAUUAUCCCGAUCCACUCUUGAUCAAUUAAUUAUGUUAUUUACUCCUUUCUUUGUACUUGCGUUCCACCUCCUUCUGGUUCUGCUGAGUUGAAUUUCUAUUAUACAGCUGAGAGACGAUAUACGAGAAUAUAUGAGAGUCUUGGUGGUUGGUGCCAGUGGAUUGGGCUGUAAGCUUCUCAAGGACUUGGCUCUUUCCGGGUUUCGUAAUCUGGAUGUGAUUGACAUGGAUCGAAUCGAAGUUACCAAUCUCAAUCGCCAGUUCUUCUUAAGACUUGAGGAUGUAGGAAAGCCUAAGGCAGAGGUAGCUGCAAGGUGUGUCAUGGAGAGAGUGAGUGGAGUGGAGAUUGUGCCGCAUUUUUCACGUAUAGAAGACAAAGAGCUUGACUUUUAUAACGAUUUUAAUAUCAUUGUUCUUGGUCUUGAUUCCAUCGAAGCUCGGAGAUACAUCAAUGGCGUAGCUUGUGGGUUUUUUGAGUAUGAUGAGGAUGAUAACCCGAGGAGUGAAAAGCAAGAGGGUCAUGUAGUCAUGGGAUGGAGACACUGGAGCAAACGAUCAUGUAUCCAUCGAUCCAAAUCAUCUUUAUGAAUCUAGAUGAGUCCUUGGGGAGGCAGAUGAGCGAGUCUUCUAUCUGCGCUACAGAGGAAGAAGAGGAAGACGAUGAUUCCAAGCUGCAAUUGGGUCCUCAGUACACUAUCAAGGAGCAUCUCGAGAAGGAUAAAGAUGAUGAGAGCUUAAGGAAGUGGAAGGAACAGCUUCUUGGAAGUGUUGAUGUCACCAACAUUGGAGAGACUCUUGACCCUGAAGUGAAGAUCAUUAGCCUGGCCAUCUUAUCACCUGGAAGACCAGAUAUUGUUCUUAUGGUACCCGAGAAUGGGAAUCCAAAGGGAAUGUGGUUUACUUUGAAAGAAGGGAGCAAGUACUGUUUGAAAUUCACGUUUCAUGUUAACAACAACAUUGUUAACAAAAUAAGGGAUGGAGGCACUGGAGCAAACCAGGUUUUUUAAAAAGACUCAUAAAGAUUUUGAUAUAAUAAGUACUAUUACCAAAAUGAAAAACAUAAGAAUUAUUUUCAAUUUCACUAAUUGAUAAAAAAAAAAGCUUACAGUUUCACAUAUUGAGACUUUACCAAAAUUCGGCAACAAUCAAACCAAUUCCAUUCAAAAACCACAAUGUUUAAUAUUCCAAUUUGGAUUUAAAAUCUUUAAUUUUCCUGCAUGAGAAGAGGAAACAAGAAAUAAACCAACAUGUGAAAAUUAUUUUACAUAUUAUUACUGUUGCAAAUUCAUGAAUUACAUAAGAUCAUUGUCUUUCUCUAUUUUCAGAAACUUAAAUAUUAUAAUUAUAAGUGAAUAAAUUAUAUACAAUUUUAUUUUAAUAAUGUAAUUAUAAUUAUAGGACAAAAAUUAGAUUUAAUGAAGUGUAUAAAUUAGAUACCCUAAAAUUAUGGUAAAUUCAAAAAUUGAGGUAGUCUUCAAUGAAUUUGAUUAUAGAGCAAAUUAGCUCAAUAUACUGAAAAGAGUGGGAUACCAUUGAAUUGGGGGAAAAUGGUAAUAAUGGGGGAAAAAAAUUGAAGGGAAAUAGGGUAUGGAGUGCAAAUAAGGGGGAAGUUGUGUAUAGAGAGUACAAAUUCUCUUGAUUAUAUAUACAUGUAGACUUUAUUAGAAAAAAAUAUUAAAUUAAUUCUUUGAGCAGUUAUGUUUGAUUCAUGCUGUAAAUUUUUUUUUUAAAAAAAUCAAAUUCUUUUAAACGGUAUAUUUAUAAUUAUCAGAUUACGUGAUUAGUAAAAUAAAACAAAAAUAUAAAAAUAUUUAUUGAAAUUCUUUUUUCCUAUAAUUAAUAUUGAAAUUACUGGAAACAAACUCACACGUCAAUCCCUGAUGAUGAUAAAUAAAUGUUUGUCAAAAUCAUCAAAAAAGAGAAGAGGUGUGAUAUAAAUGAUGCAUUAAGCAUAAACAAUAUUUCUUUUAUUUUUCUUUACUCAAAGCUAAAAAUAUAUUUUAAACAAAAACCAAGUCUUUUUUUUGUAUCACAGCCUCUUAAACCAAAAUAAGAAUUUAGUAAGCAAAUGAAUAUAGUAAAAUUCAAACAAAGAGGUGUAUUAUAAAACAUAACAAUAGCCAGUUCUGUACAUAAUGUAUAUACUAGAUGUAUAUAGAUGACAAAAUUUUAUAUAAUCUUAUCACAAGAAAAAUAUUAAAACACAUUAUAUUCAGUACAGUAUCCUACUAUAUAAAAGGUACUAUUUUUGGAGUUUCUAAAGGGUGCCACAUGGGUAGAAAUAUUCCCCACCAAUCAAUAUGUCAUGUCACUACGGGCUGGGUUUCAAACCAAUUUGAAGUUCCGGCCCAACCUUGCUCCAUUCCAGCCCAACCUUAUACAUGUGGAGAAUAUUUUUAAAAACUAAAAUACCAACGGACUGGUCCAACCCUGAACUAAAAAAAAGGUUUCCAAUUAUCUAAAUAUCUAGAAAACACUCAGCCUCCCCCUGAUCACCAAAAUAGGUUGCUUAUGUCCAUUUGAAUGAAGACGUCCAUUACGCUCCUUCCAUACGAAAUAGAUAACUGCUUGAAAGAUGAACUUGUGUAGUGUUUUGGCGGUUAAGAGAAAGUAAAAUGAGAAGAAAUUAUUCAAUAGAAAUUGCAUAGAUAUUUUUUUGAAUAGCUGAUAAAAUAUUAUUGAGUAUAUUAUUUUAUAUCAAGUAAAAUAUAUUGAAACCCUUCCUUUUGUGCUAAACACAUCUUAAAUGGGAUAAUAUAAUUAUCAAUGAACAAAGAAUUUGAAAUGCGUUAUUUUACAUUUUUGGGAACAUCAUUUUUUCACGUAGACAUCCUCUAUAUAUUAAAAGAGAAACAUUACAACCUUUGAACCAUGACACAUGUCAUCACGAAAAUUAAGCUUAGAAAAAUAAUUUGGUUCAUCUAAACAUAUAUUAUACUGUUCAUUAACCCUAAUCAUAUAAUUAAUUAUUAAUAUAAAAUAGUCUUUAUUGUUUUCUUAAAUAGAACAUACGGAAUUAUAAUAUAUAUGAUAAUUAAUGAUUUUAAAUAAUAAAGAUUUGAUAAUAUUUUGUCUUAUGUGGCACCCAUAGAAUUACUUCAUUUCUAGGAAGGUUGACAAGACCUUUUAUUUGCAACACUCUGAAUGUGGUAAAUAUAUGAGAUAUACUUUAAAAAAUAUGCAAAAAAAAAAAUCUAAUGUUUCAGUUGUUAACUUCUCAAAUAAAUAAAGUUAAUAUCUAUAAUUCUCUUAUAUUUGUAUCUAUAAUCGGUUUAUAUAACUAUUUAUGUAUUUCUAAAUUGUAUUGUUUUCCAUCAAAUUAUAAUAGUUUUUUAAAUAGGCAAAUAAGAAUAACACACAGAAUACAAAUUACCUUUUAAUUUAAUAAAGUGAAACAAUUCAUUUUAGAAUUUUUUUGUAUCUUAAAAGAAAAUUCAUAUGUUCUAAAUUUAUAUUAUAUGUCAAUUUUAAAGUAAAAGGGUAAUUUUAAAACUACAAUUUAAAAUGUACAUUGUAAAUGACUCGAGUAAUCAUUAUAUUAAGCAUACUCAUUUUUAUUUAUAAAAUCUUACGCUUCUAAUACACCGAAUAAGAAAAUAUAGCUACAUAUUUUAGUUCAAAAUAAGCUUUGUUAAAAUUAAAUCGAUAUCAAAUAGUAACUCAUUAGAAAGUUAACAUCAACCAAGUAAAAACAACUAUUAUA